AUGAACCGGAGUCUCUUGCUUUCUCUUUUCACCAGAUGUCGACAGAUUCUUGAGGACACAGAUAUCAGCGAGCAGCAGAUGAACAGGACUGUUUCCAACACCACAUGCUUCACAGGGACUGAUGAAGAGAAAAAGGAUCCUUAUGAGGAGUUCAUAAGCGCUGGGCAGCCAUCAACACAAACAUUCAACACAGGCCACAUGGCAGAGAAGUUUUACUUUGAAGAGGAAAGCAGCCUGUGA